AUGGCAUUGUAUUCUUGCGAUCAUCAGGAAAGGGAGGUAGAGGUGGAGACCAGGGUUCAGCGAUACCACCACAAGAAAGCACGCCUAUUGGAAGAGAAGUUUGUUGAAGCUGGUGUUUCUUUGGUUCCAGCACUCUCACACUCCGUCGAUUCUUCUGGAGGAGUUGACCACUGUGCAGAAAUUGUGGAAGAAAAGCUUCAACAUUUGCACUCGCCUGAGGCCUAUGAAAUGACCGAGAAUCAUCUUGCUCUCAUUCUGGGGCAGCGUCAAGGAGAUGCCAUUAUUGCAGCCAUAUGUAAGCUCCAAGUUGACCAGGUCUAUGCUGUACCUGUGAUGUAUGGUUAUUUCCUGAAGAGAUUUGGUCAGAUAUUUCAGCUAGAGAAGACCAUGAAGAGCCUCCCUUGGGGAUCAAAAGAGGAAGAUGGUGCUUUGAAUCAAGUUAUGAUGACUGACUAG